CACGAUUGUGGAAGAAGACGAUGUCGCGCGUGCUAGGUCCAGGCCGCCAAUGCCAUCGGGUUCAUCAGACGAGUUGCAAGAGGAUCUGGAAAAUCACACCGUCAGCAAGGAGGAUGAGGAGUUCCGCCGAUGCCUUGCGGUUCUGUCCACCAGGCGUCGUCCCGGCACCCUCGUCGGGCGAAGGUUGGACAACGAACGGCAACGCCUGGUGUAUGAACGCCUUGUGCUCUACCGCAUCAGGGCUUCCAAGUUGGCAGAGGGGGUGUGCAGAGAUGAGCUGGAUGAUAUGACACUGAGAAAGGAGUACUCUCCGGAAGCUCUAGAGGAAAUGUAUUACAAUGACCCACUGAGUUACCAUGACCAAGUGGACACCUGCGACUGGUACUUCGACCGUGACUACGCUGUUCACUCCUACUUGACGGACUACCAGCGCCUUGUCCUUGCUAAUGGAGAUGAUGGUAUGAUGUUCCUCGACUGGGAGAAGUACAGGUCGUGGUUUACUAGCUACGAAAUAGAUACAGAGUAUAUCAAGUACUUUGAAGAAAUAUCAACGAAAAUUAAGUGGAUUAAAGAGUACAUGGAAUGUGAACGAGAAUCCCAUGAGUGGAUGGACAUGGAAGGUAGAGGAUUUCAGCAAGCAGUGAAGAUCGCGGUAGACUUUCCCUGCAUCAGCUUUGAUUUAGCUUUUACCGCAUACACGGAUCACCUCUGGAGCGUGCGUUUUGAUUAUGUUUAUUGCGAAGACAUUGAUCAUCUCCUUUUUGAGAUUUGGAAUCGUGUCACUGCACAAAAGAUUACUUUCAGAGAUGCUCUGCGCCAAGUCAAUCAAGAGAAUUUGUCCCCUCGACACAAAGGGCGUAUGCAAUUUGCACUGGAUAAUUGUAUCUACUCCAAUUUGCAAUUUUCCUUUGACAUCUGCGUGGAAGGAAUCCCCGAUGACGCUCCAGAGGAUGAAGCACGUAGGUUGAUUGCAUGGGCGGUUUGGAACAAGCUUCCCAAACGGAAAACAUGGAACCAGUAUCUUAUGAGGAAGAUAGAGGUCGCUAAACACAUUGGCUUGGAUCUGCAACGCCGCCCGCACAACCCAUAUGGCUUCUUCCUGGCGGUGUUGCUUGAGGAUGGCCCGGUGGCGGUUCUCCCUGCACUAGGAUUCCUGGCGCCGCUCGUCCUGGCGGCAGGCCAAGGAGGUGUUGAGCUCGGCAGCCCAGUGCACCCUCCUCUCCACCUCCUCUACCGCCCGCUCCGCCUCCUCCGAUGCUGCCUCCAUCGUCUGCCGCCCCGCGUCGCGCAACAUCGUUGUCGUCGCGGCCGCCCUCGGGCCACCCUCUUCUGCACCAGUGCGGACGAUUCCUCGUCCCGGCGGUCGAGGUCUCUGGUGGCGGACCUGCAGUGCGUCGUGCGCACCUGCUAG